AUGGCAUGCAGGAGCGGCUGCUGCUGCGGCUCCGGUCCAAUAAACGAGGAUAACGCGAGGUUCCUGCUGCUGGCGUUGUUCAUCAUCAUCUAUCUCCUCUGCGGGGCCGCCGUGUUCUCGGCGCUGGAGCAGCCGAAGGAGCGAGAGGCGAAGGAGCGCUGGGCGCAGAGGUUCGAGCAUUUCAGCCAGAAGUACAACCUGAGCAAGAAAGACCUGAAUAACUUCCUCAGGAACUACGAGGAGGCGAACGUAGCGGGUAUCCGCGUGGACACAAUCAGACCUCGAUGGGACUUCACCGGCGCUUUUUACUUCGUGGGAACUGUGGUAUCAACCAUUGGGUUUGGGAUGACCACGCCUGCCACCAUCGGAGGAAAAGUCUUCCUGAUGUUCUACGGCCUGCUCGGCUGCGCAGCCACCAUCCUCUUCUUCAACCUCUUCCUGGAGCGCGUCAUCACCGUCAUCGCCGUCGUCCUCAAGUCCUGCCACGAGCGGCGCCACAACAAAGCCGUGCUCCCGCAAAACGGCCGGCGGGUCUCGGAGGGAAACAGAGCGAGUGGAGCCGGGGGAGUUGGAGGAGGAAAAGGAGAGGACCUGGCUGGAUGGAAGCCUUCGGUCUACUGCGUCAUGCUCAUUCUAGGAGCGGCAGCCAUCUUGGUGUCCUGCUGUGCAUCGCUCAUGUACUCGGCAGCUGAGGGCUGGGGCUACCUGGACUCGCUCUACUUCUGCUUUGUGGCCUUCAGCACCAUAGGUUUUGGAGACAUGGUGAGCAGCCAGCGGGUCGUCUACGAGGGCCACGCCACGGCCGCGUAUCGGCUGGGCAACUUCUUCUUCAUCCUGACUGGCGUCUGCUGCAUCUACUCCCUCUUCAACGUCAUCUCCAUCGUCAUCAAGCAGGUCCUCAACUGGCUGCUGAGGAGGCUCGAGGCCCCCUGCCGCUGCUGUUUCCCCAGGAGGGGUCACCACCCGCAUCGGCACCCCCGACGGAAUGUGGUGGCCCCGGGUCACCUGCGUGCCCGCAGAGACCCCUCGAUCGAGACAGACGCCAUCAACGAGAGCGAGACUGACACUGGGCGACGGAUGUCUGGGGAGAUGAUCUCCAUGAGGGAUUUUCUAGCAGCCAACAAGGUGAAUCUGGCUAUUAUGCAGAAGCAGCUUUCGGAGAUGGCCAUUGGGCACCCGCGCCAGUCCAGCUCCAGUUCACGUCAGAACGGAUUCUCAGGAGGGGUGGGCGCCCUUGGCAUCAUGAACAACCGGCUGGCAGAGACUAGUGUGGACAGAUAG